CUCCCCUUGUUUCAUUUUUCGACAUCAAUCCACAGUACUACAUCUCAUGAGAUUACUCUCUCAUUUUCUCAAUAAUUGCGUCGCUUAAUACAAAGCCAACCGAUUGAACAUAACCUCAAAACAAUAUUAUUAAUUAUUAGUAUCGUAUUAUAUAGCGCCACGAUGUUUUUAUUCAUCUAUCACCAUUUCUAAAAAAAAAAAGACCCCUAGUUCGACCUUCACUUUCGGUAUUUCUUACAUUCCAUUGUUCUACAAAUAGAGAGGUUAUGUUUUUUAGAUAACUGUAGCAUCUUUCUUCAUUGUUAAUUGUGGAUCGAGCGUCGCUUUUAAUCUCAGUAUUCGUGUUGUGAGUUGUGUGUCUAAUUUCUAGUGUUGUUAACACUUUUAUUACAACCUGACUCUCUUUAUUUGUUGUGAUUUUUGAUUACGUAAAUAUAAUUGAAUAAUAUCAAAGAACUGUAUCAAUAUGACAACCGAAAAAAUUAAUUUGAUUGGUGUUCCAAUAGCUAAAAUUAAUGGUCGUAAACUUCCCACUAUAAAAGAAGUUUUAUUAUUAUUUUUUUAUCAUCACAAAGUUCUUCAUCUAAAAGUCAAUGAAAGUGCAAAAAAACUGCAAAUAUAGUUCAAGAUUGUUGGAAAAAUUUACAAAUUUUAACCUCCGGGCUUCGAAAUACGAUUAACAAAAUACUUGAGUUUUUCAAAAAAUGGCAAUUAUUGCAGUGCAAUAAGAAAAGAAUAAAAUCACAAGCUCAAAAACAAAAAGAAGUGAGUUUUGAACAAAAAAUUCAACAGUUAUUUAAUAUCGCUGGAAAAAACGGUCUAAGAAGUUUGAAUGGAGAGAUCAACAACUUUUCGGCUCAGAAACUAUUGAAUCAACCAAAAAUUUCUGAUAACUCCAGUUCACCAGAAACUUCGAGAAAAUAUGUUGAAAUUAUGGAAACCGAUGAGAUAGAAAUAGAUUUGGUUAAUGAUAAUAAUAAUAAUGAAAUUACACCUAGUCAAGAGUUACUAACAUCGUCGCAGUCAACUAUCAGUCAAAUUUCAAAUGUUUCCGAUUUUGAAACAGAAUUGUUGUCUGAAAAAAAAAAUACCAAAAAUAAACAUUAUCACUCCAAAUUUAGCAGCUGCGCUUGAUCGUGCAAAUGUUAGCAACAGAAAUGCUACAUAUAUUUUGGCAGCUACCUUACAGAGCGUUGGAAUAGAUCUUCGGAAUGUUAAUUUAAGCUAUAAAACUAUCCAACGAAAUCGUAUACUUCUUCGAAAAGAAAUAGCUGAAGGGUUAAAAAAAGACUUAAAGUUCAAUGAUAAUUACGUAGUUCAUUGGGAUGGUAAAUUGUUAAGCGAUAUUGUUGGCGCAGAUGUUGUAGAUAGACUCCCAAUUCUUCUGACAUCGUCUGGCGCUGAACAAUUAUUAGGCAUUCAAAAAAUUGGAGCAGGAACUGGAAUUGAGCAAGCUUCAGCAGUAAACUCAACUUUGAAGCAUUGGGGUGUCAGUGAUUAUGUCAAAGCGGUGUGCUUUGAUACUGCAUAUACAAAUACAGGCAUUCAUCGUGGCGCUGGCGUAGAACUAGAGAAUCUUUUAGGGCGAAAGCUCAUUUGGUUGCCAUGUCGUCAUCACGUCAUUGAACUACUCAUUAAAGGUGUUUUUGAAGUAUACUGGCCAACGCAAAAUGGCCCAAAUGUUUCAAUUUUUGGUAGAUUCAAAAAUAAUUGGAACAAGAUAGAUAAAUCAAAAUACAGUGCAGGAAUUAAUGAUCCUAUUGUUGCUAAAGUACUAUCAGAGAAAAAAGACGAAACAUUGGAUUUUAUUGAAAGUUAUUCGCUGAAAUAUCUUCCGAGGAAUGAUUACCGAGAAUUUUUAGAGUUAUCGUCAAUUUUUUUAGGAGUUAUUCCAAAAGAUAAUUUCACCUUUAAACAUCCAGGAGCGAUGAGUCAUGCUCGUUGGAUGUCGAAGGUAAUUUAUUGCCUGAAAAUAUAUAUUUUUAGGGGAGAAUUUAAGCUGACCCCUCAUGAAUUAACUAGUAUUCGCCAAGUAUGUAUUUUCAUAAUUGUCAUUUAUAUAAAAGCUUGGUUCACUUCACCUUCUGCUAUCUUAGCUGCAAAUAAUGACUUAAUUUUGAUGCAACAAUUGAUACUCUAUGAUAAAAUUAAUUCAUCUGUAUCAAAAGGAGCUUUAAAAAAAAUGAGCGAUCAUUUGUGGUAUUUAAGUGACAAAUUAGCCAUAAUUUCUCUAUUUGACGAUGCUGUAGAUCCGGAAGUAAAGAAAAAAAUGGUAAAAAAUUUGAAAAAUCGGAACCCUAUAAAAACUAAAGCCAGAAAAUAUGAAUUUGACUACAAAAACUUACAUGAAUUUUUACACAAAGAUGUAAGUGACUUCAUUUCAACAGAAUCGUUAACAAUUUUAAAAGACUUUGACUUGCCACAUGAAUUUUUAAGUGAAGAAGUCGACAAGUGGUCCAGCAUCGAUAGUUUUCAGGAAUGUCAACAAUUUUUUAGUAAAUUGGCUGUUGUCAAUGAUGUCGCGGAACGUGGUGUAGCGCUAAUUGAAGAUUACAAUCAAUGCCUUACUAAAGACGAAGAACAGCUCCAAUAUUUAUUACUAGUUAUUAGUGAGUAUCGGAAAAAAUUCCCUAAUUGCAAUAAAAGUACGUUAAUUGAAUGAU